AUGAAUCCACUCAUCGCACUUCGCCACAUCACUCGCCUCGCAACCUUCCUGGUCGCCCUUGUUUCCAUAGCCGCAGGAGUUCGCUCCAUCUUGAAACCAGUCGACUUUGCGACAUCGUUCGGAUUCCCGCCGUCACGUUCGUCCGGCUGGAGCCACACAUCAAUCGAGACGCUGGAGCCGUCGGAAGAAAAGGGCAACGUCUACCUGGACCAACAACCCAGCCACGAACCUGCGUACUGUGAGACGACAACCACGGCGACUUCACACGACACGGACCCGUUCAUCCCAGUCGUCGGGGUCCGCAACAUCGCCCUGGGUCUAUCGAUACUCGUGUUCGCCGGUCUCAACGAAGCCCACGCCACAGGCAUACUCCUGCUCUGUAACCUCGUCAGCAUGGCCGGAGAUACCAUACUGUGUCGUCGCAAGGGGAAGCGGGGAUCCGAGAUGUCGCAUCUCGUGGCUACCUUGUUAUUUGCAUGGUUGGGAGGGUACAACAUUCUACAAUGA